AUGUUUGCACAGGACCCCAGAUGGCUUCGUCCGAUGUCAAACACUAAUUUGCACAAGGAGACUGUACCAACCAGUCAACGAAAGAUUAGAGAAGCGAUAGAAAUCAGCGAAACAGCCAACACCGUGAAUAGAAGCAACGAAUGUAUGAAGUUGACAGGAUGUUGGUGCGCCCUUUUGCUACUUGUUCCUUGUUUAAACGCCUUCUUCUCUGCUUUUUCUACCUUUUUAGCUGCUGUGGAUCAUCUCACCUUUCGAGCUCUGAAGGAGGACAAAGUCGACUUUGUACGUCUCUUCCUACAGAACGGCCUGGCGAUUCGUCAAUUCCUCUCGCUGCAACGUCUCCAUCUGUUGUACAACCAAACCCAGCGUCAGGCCGGCUUUUUGCGCAACCUCGAAUUUUUCCACAUCACCAGCGUCGGAUCGUCUUCGCGGAAGGAGCAGAAUAAAGGCGCCAAGCAUGACCAACCGAUCGGAAAGGGUUUGCCCAAUUUGAGUCGAGUUCACCUCGAACAGAUGCUUGAGACGCCGGUUCUGAUACAUCCGGAAAAGUGUAAGUGCUCUCUUCAACUGUCCCGUCUUGCUAGAAACUGGCAAAAUGCUCCUACACUCCUCCUGCACGAUGUUUUGGCUGAAAAUAUUUUAUAA